GAAACCCUUCUUGGUUGAGAAAAAAAAAGUUGCCUUGGAGCGAUUAAAAAAUAAGUUAAUGAAGACCAGGAAAAAAUGAAGACAUCGCCAAGAAAAACCCAGUAGACAUCACAAACGUUAUUAUAUAAUGCGUCUGCAGAGAUAUGUAGAUGGAUCAAUCUAGUGAUAAUUAAAGUUAGACAAGCGCGUUGAAGUUUGACGGUGUAGUUGAUAAUCAAGUUCAUUUGUUUUUUUUUCUGGAGUCACAAAGUUGUCAUCGAUAGCCUAAUUUACUUAAGGCGGGUGCGGAAGGAUUUUCACCCGACAACAAUUAUGAGAGAUAGGCCGAUAAACCGUUAGAUUUUAACAAUAAUACUUUAUUUCUAUUUUACCAGGUUAUGUAGCGACCUAUGAAUUUUAGGAGCAGUGAUACGAAACUCUAUUGGUGUUAGAGCCUACUUUUGUGGAUAGUUUACAACACUGGGCCAGACUAAAACCGUAAGCUUUUCAAUGUUAUGAAAUAUUAUCAUAAAACUAACUAUACAUUUUUAUAUUUGAGAUAUUGAUAACCUAUCGUAGGUAAUUCAAGUUAAAUAUAUUGGCGUCAUACCGAGGUAAAAACCCAACUCCGCUACCUUCUAGGAUUUUUCUUUGAGCUACCUUGAUAAAAGUAGUUUGCUCAAUCGUUGGAGAAGUGGACUUUCAUUUUUUCCACUCAUCUACCCUGCGGAUUACUAAAUUGCACUUCAUCAAUAGAUCCUAUCAGCUAAUCAGUUUUAUCAUUUCGUUUUUCAACAACCGUUGAAAGUAUUUUACCGAACUAAUCAUGUCUGCUGAGGAGGAGAGAUUCAAACUGGUCGUCGUGGGCGGGGGCGGUGUGGGGAAAAGCGCCUUGACAAUACAAUUCAUUCAGUCAUACUUUGUAUCGGAUUAUGACCCCACCAUUGAAGACUCCUACACCAAAAUAUGCACAGUGGAUGGGAAAGAGACACGAUUAGACAUCUUGGACACAGCAGGUCAAGAGGAGUUUGGGGCAAUGAGGGAGCAGUACAUGCGCUCAGGAGAAGGCUUCUUGCUGGUGUUUGCUCUGAAUGACACUGGCAGUUACAAUGAGAUCCACAAGUUCCACACCCAGAUACUGAGAGUGAAGGACCGGGAUGACUUCCCCAUGGUGCUGGUGGGCAACAAGGCUGACCUGGACCAGUCGAGAGUGAUCUCCAGAGAGGAGGCCCAGGGCUUUGCCAGAGAGAACAGGAUCCAUUACAUGGAGGCCUCUGCUAAGAACCGCUACAACGUAGACGAAGCCUUCCUGGAGGUGGUGCGAGCUAUAAGAAAGUUUCAGGAGACUGAGAGUCCCCCUCUACCUGCAAACCACACAGGAAAACGGAAGAGCGGUGGCUGCCCCUGCACCCUCCUUUAACUGCUCCCUCCACUGGCAUAGCACUGUUGUCACAGAGACCAAAACCCCCUCACCUCACCACUGAUGCAAGUCUUGUCUGACUUACCUGGAGGGAAAUGGGAAGAUUGGGCAAGGGAGGGAAGAGAUAUAUACUUGGAAAUGCAAAAAAAUGUAUGGUGAGGUUUGGGGAAUGGGGCAGGGAUGUGUGUGUGUGGGAGAGGUUGCUUACGUCAAUGGUGGGCAAAGUGGUGGAGUGUACUUUUUUUUUAUGGUUUCAUUCACACUUAGAAAUUAGCAUCUUCAAACUUUUUUUUAUAUACUUUUUUUGUAUUUGCGGUUUUGUUAUUUCAUUAUUGAGCUAGGAUGUAUAGGGAGAUGCGUUGCGCUAGAUGAGAAGAGAGCGAGAGAUGAGUCCACAGACUAAAGAGAGAAAGAAGAGGGAUGGUAAGGAGGGAGAUCUCACAGAUACUGUGUUUUGGUUAGCUUCCUACGUUGGGUCAACCUGAUGGAAGUCACUGGUUUGACAUUGCUGAAAGGAACGGAUCAUUUAGAAACUAGAGGGCGCUGCCAUUCAUACCUACAACAGAAAAGGAAGGGAGCCCAGUUCAAUGGAAUAGAGUAAUUCCAUUUUUGAAAGACAGAAUGGAAAAGAGUGAGAUAAAGAAGAAGCAGAAUGAGAGUGAAAGGAUAAAUAAAAAAAUAAAAAAUUGGUCAUUUAGCAGACGCUCUUAUCCAGAGCGACUUACAGGAGCAAUUAGGGUU